CUGAAUAAUAGUUUUGAUUGGUCAAUUCAUGAAGGUCAAAAAUAUUUUAAGAUUGAUUCAGUUUCUAUUUCAAGGAAAAUAAUCAGAAUGGAGAUUCUUUUUCAUUGUAUUUCUAUGAUGAAAUAAAUAUGCCCAAUGUUUAGAUUGUAUAGUGUGAAAUAUUACACUCUGAUUCAUAUUGUUAUUAUUUCAUGGAUUGGAGAAGCUAUUUGUGGUCAUUCUGAAAAGCGUCUAUUAAGCUACUUAUUCGAUCAAAGACGAUGGGAUGCACACAAUCCAAUGGAACGUCCUGUUUCAGUCGAUGGGAAACCAUUACAAGUAUUUCUCAAAUUUUUUCUAAAUCAAAUCAUGGAUAUGGAUGAGAAAAAUCAAAUCUUGUCAACUAUCUUAUGGCUUGAUAUAAAAUGGUCAGAUUAUCAUUUUCAGUGGAAUUUAAGUGAAUAUGAAAAUAUUAGACAGAUAAAUUUACCUCCAGAGAAAAUGUGGAAACCAGAUAUUCUUUUAUACAACAGUGCCAGUGAGAAAUUCGAUCAAGUUUUUCCAACUAAAGUGACUGUCAGGCAUACUGGAUUAAUUCAAUGGGUUCCACCUGGUUUAUUUCAUUCCAUUUGUGAUAUUGAAGUGAAUUGGUUCCCGUUUGAUUCACAGAAUUGUAUUUUAAAACUUGGUACAUGGACAUAUCAGGGAAAUACAGUCGAUUUGAAGCUACAGUGUGAUAAUGAAACUGGUGAAGAUCAACCAUGUCACUAUAUGAAUGAAGUCGAUUUAUCUGCCUACUUAGCUCAUAGUGAAUGGGCUUUAGAGAGCGCUUCAGUUAAACGAAAUGUUCAAACUUACGGUGGAGAUGAUCAAACAUAUAUUGAUGUAACAAUAUAUGUUCAUAUGCAACGUAGAGCUCUUUAUUACCUGUUCAAUAUAAUUAUUCCAUGUAUGAUAAUGUCAGUGAUGGCAUUACUUGUGUUCACAUUACCACCUGAGGCUAAUGAAAAAAUUGUAUUGGGUGUUACUACACUACUUUCAUUGACAAUGCUUCUACAACUUGUCGCUGAUAAACUACCUCAAACAUCAUCAGGAAACUCAGUACUUGUUUUAUACUUCACGUGCACAAUGAUUUUAUGCUCACUUUCAUUGGUAUGCGCUGUUGUUCUUCUGAACUGCCAUCAUCAUACUGCAGGGAUUAUUUAUGUACCAUGGUGGGUUAAAACUUUGAUUAAUACAUGGUUGGCUAGUGUUUUACGCAUUGAUCAUAGUUCAUCUGAAGAGAAUUUAUACAGUUCAAGAGAGAAAUUGAUACCUAAUCAUCAGAAUAAACAUCUUCAUAUAAGUCAAUCUGAUCCUAAUAAUAUGCUUAAAUAUGAUCAUUUAUAUAAUUCAGUAGAAGAGAUAAACAAAUCAUCCAAAUUAAGAGAUAAAAGUAAAAUCUUAACCAAAGAUAAACAAAUUAUAAAUAGUCAUUGUUCAAUUAGAAAUACAUCAAUUUGGUCGAAUGUAAUUGAUAUGAAUUCAGAAUUUCGUCCUACUUUACUUAUUCAUAAUAAAAGCACACCAUUAUAUGUAAUUGAACAAUUGAAACAAUCAAAAUUACAAACAACAAUAAUUAAACAAAAUCAUUUCAUUAAUGAACAAUCAAUUAGAAGAACAAGAGAUUUAUCAAAUCAACUUUUGAAUCAAUCUUCUCAGAAAGAAAUUGAUGACGAUGACAACAAUCGAAAUGAUAUAAAUAGUCGACUAGAAUAUUCAUGUAAAAGAAAUUCUAUAACUGGAUAUAUGAACAAAGAAAGUAUUCAAAUGGCAAUAUCUAGUAGAAUUAAUGAAAGAGAUAAACAAGUGAAGAGUAAAACAAUGACAAGAUAUCAUAUAUCUUCAUCAGAUGAAACUCGAUUAGAUCAAUCACCAGAAAAGCAUAAUGAAUGGUCAGAUAAAGUAUUGACAUCACCAAGUAGAACAGAAGAUCAAAGUUUCAAUAGUCCAUUAAAACAAACAAGUGAAGAAGAGGAAGAUGAUGAUGAUGAUAUAGUUUUACACAAAUUAAGAAUAAUCUUAGAAGAAUUACGUUUUAUUACAUCAGGUAUGCAUAGAAGAGAUCAAGAGGUGAAAACAUCAAAUGAAUGGCGUUUAGCUUGUCGUGUAUUAGAUCGUUUUUGUUUAUUAAUAUUUGCUGCAUUGAAUGUUUUCACUACACUUGGAAUACUUACUUCUGCACCGACUGUUAUCAAAGCGUUUACAUCACGAGGUGCACCAUCACAACCAAUGUAAUUAAUUAUCAAUAAAUUGACAACUUUUUCAUAUUCUGCUUAUCUUUUCUUCAAUAUCUUCAUAUCCUAUAUACAUACCAUUUAUAUGGUAUGGUGUACUUUCAGUGUUCAAUGUUCAAUGUUCAGUGUUCAAUAUUCAAUUUAAACUAAAUCUUGCUCAAUACAAAUAAAUAAUUAUUUCAACUGUUUAACGUAAUUAUAUGAUUGUUAAGCUUCUUUACAAGAAUGUUAAUGAUAAUCUAUGU